CAAGACGAUACGUUCUACUUCGACAACGUCGUGUUCCAGGUAAGCUAUGUUCUCUUCAAACUGCCGCGCCAAUUACUGGCAGGUAGUGGAGUCUUUGCCGAUAUGUUUGCGCUCCCGCCUAGACAAGACGGGCAAGAAGAAGGGAGAGACAACGAGCAUGCCAUCAAGCUCCCCGGGAUCACAGCUGAGGAAUUUCGAGGCUUUCUGAGGACUAUAUACCCCAUGACGUACGACGUUGACGACGUGAGAGUCGCUGAUCGAGAGACAUGGUUAUCCUGCCUCAAGCUCGCCACCCAGUGGAAUAUCGAUCGAAUGCGCAAGAAAGCGAUCUGUAAGCUCGAUCAAUACGGGUGGGAUGCGAUCGACAAGAUUGUCACAGCAAAGCGAUAUCAUGUCUCGCGGUGGCUGAUCGAGGGGUACAUUGAGGUGUUGCAGAGGCAUCGUCUAUCCGUCGAAGAGGUGAGGCGAUUAGUGCCUAUAUUCGGAAUGGAGACCGUCUGCCUCCUC